UUGAUGCGUAGACUUCUAGAGGACUUUGGCUCUACAAUUGAACGUAAAAGUUAAUGGGUAAGUUCAAAAGGGUUUGUGUCUUCUGUGGAAGUCAUUCAGGGAAUAAAAAGAUCUUCAGUGAUGCAGCUCUUGAUCUUGGAAGACAACUGGUGGAGAGGAAAAUGGAUUUAGUAUAUGGAGGAGGGAGCUUUGGGUUGAUGGGUCUGGUCUCUCGGACAGUUCUUGAUGGUGGAUGUCAUGUUUUAGGAGUUAUCCCAACAGCUCUCAUCCCACUAGAGAUUUCAGGUCACGCAGUGGGAGAAGUGUUGAUUGUAUCUGAUAUGCAUGAAAGAAAAGCUGAGAUGGCUAAGAGAGCUGAUGCAUUCAUUGCUCUUCCUGGAGGGUAUGGAACCUUGGAAGAGUUGCUUGAGAUGAUUACAUGGUCUCAGCUUGGAAUCCAUGACAAACCAGUGGGUCUGUUAAAUGUAGAUGGGUAUUAUGAUAGCUUGCUUGGAUUGUUUGACAAAGGUGUAGAAGAGGGAUUCAUCAAACCUUGCGCAAGGAACAUUGUCAUUUCUGCAAAGAAUGCUCAGGAAUUAAUCCAAAGGAUGGAGGAUUUUGUACCUUUGCAUGAUCAAGUGGCACCAAGUCAUAGCUGGAUAAUAGAAAAAACAAUGCAAAUUUGUAGCUGUUUAAUCCCUUGGUAUAUUUCUAAGAAGAAGAUUCUUUUUAGAAGCUUAUCCUCAUUAUUGAUUCUUUGCAUGGUGUGUGCAAACCCAAAAUGGGUGAAAAUACACAACAAAUUAUGUGUUAAAUAGGCAUUAAUGCUAUUUAUGGAAGCAAACUGUGUCAUUGUGAGCCAUAUUUUGAUUUCAAAGAGUGUUUUGAUAGUUGACAUGUGAACUGUGACUGCAAGUGGUGAUUUUGAGUGAGCCUUGAUAGAAGAGGAAAUCCUUCCAAUAAUAUCAUCAAGCUCACACAAAAAUAAAUGGAAAAUAGUUUUCAUCUGUUUUCUAUUACAA